AUGUGUUGUGGAACUGAUCUCUGCUGCUUCUUUGGAUGCAAUUCUUCCUCCGAACAGGCAGAUAAGCCGGAGGGGUAUCCUGAGCCUCCAAGGAAGUUCCUAUGCCCUUACUGUGGAUACUUGACGAAUUCCGAAUAUAGGCGUGAUAAAUACUCUUUCUGCAUAUGCUUUAUUCCGUGCAUUCCAUGGGGGAACAGCUAUCCAUAUCUUUCCUGUAGCCAUUGCAAAAGAAAUUUAGGAAGCAUUGGUGAUUAUAGAUGCCAAAAGUGUGGGGUAGCUACAACGUUUGAGUCAAGCAAUUGCCCUAAUUGUGGAGAGGAAAAAGGAAAUUCCAAUUCAAGUGGAGGAUAUAGGAGAUUAGAUAUAAGUUGA